AUGAAUGAGUUUGAUGAGAUGCUGGUGAAGAAGAAGGAGGCGCAGGAGGAGCAGACGGCGUCUCUAGCGCUGCAGCACCAGCAGGAGGUGGAGGCUCUGAGGGAGGAGAUGCUCGGCGUCCAGAAGACACAGCACGAGCUUCAGAUCCGAUUGGAGGAGGAGAUCUCCACCCUUCAGAGGAGGCUCAACGAGGAGAAAGAGGAGAAGGACGUCCUGCAGGAGGAGCAGCUCACAGCGCUCAGGCAGCAGCUGCAGGAGGCGCACUCCUACGCCGCUGACCUGGAGGAGCAGGUCAACAUGGACGAGGACGCUGUGGAGGAGCUGAGGAAGCAACAGGAGGAGGAGAUAAAGAAACUGCAGGUGGAGCUUUCUGACGUCAGAUUAGAGGAGGAGAGGAGGAAGCAGCAGCAGGAGGAGGAGGAGAGGAGGAGGAAGAAGCAGCAGGAGGAGGAGGAGAGGAGGUGGCUAAAGGACCUUGAAAAUGAGAAGGCGCUGCUGCAAGAAAGACAUACAGAAGAGCUGAAGGUCAGAUUAGAGGAGGCGAAGGUGAGGUUUGAGGAGGAGCAGGUGGAGCUCUCUGAGGCCAAGCUAGAGGAGGCGACGAGGAGGCUGCAGGAGGAGUUUGAGAAGGAGAAGGAGGCGUUGCAAGAAAGACACAAAGAGGAGGUGAAGGUGCGACUAGAGGAGGUGAAGGUGACGUUUGAAGAGGAGAAGGUGCAGCUGGAGGAGCAGAGCAAUGAGUCCCUGCAGGUGGUGCUGGAGGAGGAGGUGUUGAGGCUGGUGAGGGAGCAGCAGGAGAAGGAGGCUGAGCUCAGGAUGCAUUGGGAGGAGGAGACAGUCCGGCUGCAGGAGCUCCACCAGGAGGCCCUGCUGCAGGAGAGGCUGACGCUGCAGGAGCUCCACCAGGAGGCCCUGCUGCAGGAGAGGCUGACGCUG